AAAUCCGAGUGUCUCACCUUAUCGUCAAUGGUAAUCUUAAUAAUAAUUACAAUGGAAGGGAUAAGAUAUCAGUAAAAUGAUAUCAAUUGUCAGUGCAUGAUUAUUGACUAGGUGUUUGUGACACAAUUUUUUUUAAAUCGCCUGUACCUACUCGCGAGUGAUUAGUAGUGGGAUAAAGUGUGAUAUAUAUACCUAUUGAUUAUGAAGUCAGGCAACUACUAAAUACCCAACGGUAACAUCGUAAUCAAUAGAAAGAUAGUUAUAAAUAAUAAAUUGGCGAAUUAAUAUUUAAAGGGAUCCAAAUUACAGACAGUAUGAAAUGUAUAUUAAUUCCAGUAUUUAUUUUGUGCUUUAUUGCUAACGUUUGUUCUCAUCCAAAAGAUGAAAAACUCAACUCACUUCUAUCUUUAAAAACAAGCGAUCAAAAAGGCCAGGACAAUCAAACAAUAUUGGAAAGUUCAGAAGUGACAAAAACGCCUAUCGAGACAGCCAACGAAACGGUCCGUCACAGACGAUUCAUUCCAUUUGCUCGGCCGAACCUAAAGUCAGCAAACAUUUCACAAUGCACCAGCUCGUCGGACGAUUUUCCACCCUUUCUGUCAAACUAUGCAAAAAUAAAUGGCGGUUUUGUUUUAUUUUUUCUCAUCGGGAUCUACUGCUUCAUCCUCCUGGCCGUGGUGUGCGAUAGGUACUUUUUGCCCACUGUUGAGUCCAUUUGCGAGAAAUUGAAUCUAUCUAAAGAUGUAGCUGCAGCCACUUUCAUGUCUACCGCAACCUCGUGUCCUGAGCUUUUUACCAAUGUAAUUAGUACUUUUGUAGUUGAAUCCGAUUUAGGAAUUGGUACAAUUGUGGGCUCUUCAUUGUUUAACACCCUUGGAGUGGCAGCACUGGGCGGUCUAGCAGCCUCAGCGCCAAUACAAAUUGACUGUUGGCCAUUGACGAGAGACGUGAUUAUUUAUAUAUUGUCAGUGAGUUUAUUGGUUUCAAUAACGUGGGACAAUAGAAUCCAGUGGUACGAAGGUCUGACUUUGUUUGGACUUUAUUUCAUUUAUUGUAUAGUUUUAUUUAACAACGAUCGCAUCAAAAACAAACUACAAAGAGCAAACAAAGAAAAAGAAAAUUCAUUGGAAAAUGCAGGCGUCUACAGGAACAAAAGCAUCGAAACGAAAAGUUCUAAGGACGAACCCAUAAAAAUAUCAGUUGUCUCGGCAGAUUUUCAGGAUAGUGUUAAAAAAAAUGGCGAUAUAGCCGAAAACCAUAAAAACCCAUAUGCUGAUAAAGAAGAUGAAGACGACCUGUUUAUUUGGCCAUCUGGAACACUAAUUAGCAAAAUUGUAUUCUACUUUUUGUGGCCAAUUAAGUUUGUUUUACAUUUUACAAUACCCGAUCCUGUGAGAUACCCUAAACUGCUUCCCGUUACAUUUGCAAUGUGUAUAAUUUGGAUCGGAGCCAAUUCGUAUAUCGUCUCGUGGAUGAUGACACUGAUAGGAAACAUUUUUAAAAUCCCUGAUGCUGUGUUGGGUCUGACAUUUUUAGCAGCUGGAGGAUGCUUACCAGAAUCCAUAUCAAUUGUAAUAAUGUCCAGAAGAGGAGAAGGUUCAAUGGGAGUAUCAAACUCAAUGGGCGCCAAUACAAUGAACAUCCUACUUUCCCUAGGAUUCCCGUGGUUUUUCAAGACUAUUCUCAAAGGUAAUGGAUCAGAGGGAUUUGUGGAAAUCGAAUCGGGAUCAAUUCAGUACACGAUUUUAGCGUUAGUGGCAGUGGCUAUCACUUUAUAUCUUACCUUAUACUUUAAUAAUUUUCACAUGUCUAGAAAAUCUGGCACUGUUCUGAUAAUUUUAUAUGCUGUGUGCGUCGUAUUGGCAAUAUUAUCUGAAAUGGUAUUCUUCCCCAAAUUAAAAAAUUGCAGAUGAUAUAUAAAUUAUUUGUAUGUAUAAUAUUUAUACUUAUGUCAGCUGCGAUAUUAAAAUAAACAAUGUUUUUAAUUGAGAAGAAAAUUUAAAAAGCACUUUUACGAAUUAUAAUUAAUUUUUAUACUGCUUAUACUUAUAAUAGGUUACUUAUAA